GCGUAUGCCUGUACGGUGGACUUGUAGUUGUACGGUCCGGUCGCGGUCAUCACGUGCGACGUAUAUGAUUGCACGCUGGCGCUGGAUCAUCACACUAAACGAGCCUGUGUUCAUCACAUCAUGCCAGCAAGUCUUACCACCAGGCUUUUGCUUAAGUCUAGCAGUGGCAUCGCCUGCAAGAGGAUCCUGAGUGGUCCCCUAGUUAUUCCGGGACAGAAAUGGAUCCUCGCCCGGGGAUAUCGGCCGGAGAAAAAGAAGGAGAUUCGAGAGAGGGGCAAAGAGCGCAGGAAGACGACGGCUAGGAAGAUUUACGAGAUGUUAGAUCUGCCUAGCCCCUACAAGAUACCAGAGAAGGAAAAAAUCGCUGACUACCAUCCUCGGUAUAUGAACCGAGUGGAAAUGAACGAGAACAACCCUCAUUAUCAUGAAGAAAAGACUUAUAUCUUCAAUCAUCGAUGUCGUCUUGAAGAGGGCAUAAAGCAGGCGUUGUGGCUGACCAAGAGCAAACUCAUGGGGGAGGGACAGCUGCCAGAACGGAUACAGGAGCUAGCAGCUCGUUUGGAGUUUCCUGAUAUGGAGGAAAGAGUCUUGAGAUCAAUCAGGAAAUGCCGUCAGUACGACACGCAGAGUAAACUCAUUCCUGUUGAGAGAUUUAGUUACACACAGAACAUGGAUUUUAUCCAUCUUUGUCAGCUGAUGUGUGGCCAGUAUCCAGAGUUAUUACAAAGGGCUCAGACGGAUGGUUAUUAUGUAGCUGCAGCUUGGCAUAGAGGUAAUGAACAGAUUCAGGUUCGUGGUCGGUCGGGUCUACUAGUCUCCUCUGCCAGACCCUUAGAUAGGUUAGCGAGUCCAGAGGAGGUAGCCGAGACUGCCUCUCACACCCUACCAGACUUCUAUCCUCUAGCUCCUACCAUUGAUCUAUUGACUCGUAACAUCUAUAAGGACAAUCACAAUUUCACAGGGUUUUAUGAAGGGUCUCCCUUCCCUCAUGCGCACACCCUCUUCAUACAUGACGCUAGGAACUGGUGUCGUCACAAGAUGGACCAUCUCAAUGCUCAGGGACUCAUGUUUGCAUUCGCCAAUGCCAUUUCAAGAGCCAAACUUCAGUAUGGGGUUGAUGCUGCCAUUGACCUUGAGGAACCUAUCGUGACCCAAUGCAUCGUGUCAACUGGGGUCAAGUUCACCUUCAUGCAAGUACAGCUGAAUACGCUGAACAUGAACUCUGACGAAGGCAUCAAGAAUAUGGUGUGGGUUGAUGAAGGGAAUGAGAUGUACUCCGUUUGUGAUCCAGUGGUUUUCAAGAUAUACAAAGCCCAUGGGAGCAGACACACCAAGCCAGGUUAUAUCAAGAAGAUGCAUCGUAGGGAUCCUGAUCUUGGAUGCAGAGACCUCGACGUCAACGUCUUCAGGAAGUUUCUCGCCUGCUAUGUCAAUGGUGCUGUUUGACACACAGAAUAGAGAGUACAGACCAUGUAGCUGUUUCAUAGAGCUUUUCAUAAGUUAUGAGCAACUUAGCUAAUGUCUGGUGAUCUUUUCCAUGGUAAAUGAUAUCAUACACCAAAUUUACAUUGGUGAUGAUUUAGCACCAUCAUUCAUUGGUAUAGCCAUUUGUAACUUACAAACAACUGUAUAAAACACAGUACCAGGGCCGUCUUACAAAUUGUUGAAAUGGAAAUCCGCAAAUGUCAUAAAUCUUUAUAUGGGAAUUGGUUACAAUGCCUCUUUGGAAACAGAGGAUAAUUGUGAUUUGUGAAGGCUAUCAUGCAUGGACAAGAAAAAGAUUCAGUAUUAUUCACAUAUUUACAGACAAUUUACUUUAGAUGUUGGUCUUCAUUAGUUGUGAUUGAAUUGAUCAAUCACAACUCCUUGUACAAUGGGUGUGUCAUCAGCCUUGUUCAGAAACAAAGCAAGAUAUUGCACCUAUUUCUUGUCCAUUGUACUGAUUAACUUGUUUAUAUAAAAGAUGAUUUUUGCCCAAGUCAAAGACAUUCCUUAGACCAGGGUCCGGUAACUCAAAGGUUAGCGAUUAAUUGUACGCUUGAUUUUUACGAUUGAUUGUACAUUGUAGUCAAUGCAAUCGUAGGAAAAUUUUCUACAAUCAUUGCUAAGCUUUGUGUUACGGGGGCCCCAGUUUACGCAAAACACAUUCUCUGUGCUAAGUUAAUUUUCCAAAUUCGAACAGAUUUAUGUG